GGCGUAGUGCGUGUGAGCCGCACGUCCGAAGAUAAGUGCCUCAACGCGUGCCAACUCCUUACACGCUUCACUCGUGCGAAUCUCUCGCCGUCCCCCUCGUCUCCAUCCUCCGCCGCGUCGCCGCCGGGAAAUUCCCCGCUGGCUGCGCGUAUACAGUACGGCCUGUCAAUUUUCACCCGGAUUCGGUGAGUUCCGGCUAGAUCUCCUCGGCCCUUUCCUUCUCCCGCGGUCGGGUUGAUUCGUAGGAGUCUUGAACUCUGGAUCUGCAAAGGAAUGGUGUGAGAUCUAUAAAGUCAUGUGUUAAACGACUACGGAACAUUGUUGAGCUCGCCAGUAGGAGGAGCUCUUUACAAACACAGUCCUAGACAUCCAUUUUCCCGUGGAAAGCAUGCAUUUAAUUGUCAGUAUUCAAGACAUAAAACGUGGAAACUCCACCAGGCCAAUCAAAUUCAGCAAGAUCUACACCUCAUAGAGAAGAAAAUCAACUCGUGAUCGUAGAAAACUGGGAACCUUUUUUUCUUUCUAUGUCGACAGAAAUGCAUAAAUUCGGCCCCAGCGAGGAAGAUGAUGAGGACAUGGGUAUGGAUAUGAAGGAGGAAGAUGAUGAUGAUGAAGACGAUGAUGAAGAGAAGAACGUGAGAACAACUUCUAUUAACAGCUUGGAUGUAGGCAUUUUACCCACAGCUGGCGGUACCAACAGGUAUGUGCAUCACCAGCAAUAUCAAGACCAGCCCACUCCACAGGGAGGUGGGUCCCGAAGGUGUCGGCCUCAGGAAGAGAAAGAAAGGACAAAGCUAAGGGAGAGACAGCGGCGGGCGAUCACUGCCAAGAUUUUGGCGGGGCUCCGUAGGCAUGGUAACUAUAAUCUUAGAGUUAGAGCUGACAUUAACGAUGUAAUUGCUGCUUUGGCUAGGGAAGCUGGUUGGGUUGUUCUUCCAGAUGGGACCACCUUUCCUUCCAGAUCACAGGGAACACGACCUAUCACUGGUGCUCCAAGCACGGCAGUGCAACCAUUAUCUCCACAAAUGCCAGCACCACACACAUCUCCUACUGCCUUGAGGGGCAUCUCCCCAGGGUACAGGAAUACAGUCGAUUAUGGUGCAUCUCACAUGAAAGGUGUUUUUGUGCCUGUUUCAUCUCCUUAUGAUGGCUCGUCGAGUGCCAGAUCUCAGACAUCCGCUAUGAUUGGGGACGGAGACCUGCAGAAUGAUCCUCUUCUUGGUGGCUCCAUUGAUUCAAUCGACAACAGGCAGGCGAGACUUUUGGCUUUUCUAGAUCGAGAUUAUAAUUAUUCUCAUGCUUCGUGCUUAAAGCCUGUGGUUGACAUGCCACCAGCAACAAAACUACACGAGCGAGAUUUUUUUGGGACGCCUUACGUUCCGGUUUAUGUUAUGCUGCCGUCAGGUGUCGUCAAUAUGAAGUGUGAGCUUGUUGAUCCAGAUGGUUUAUUGGAGCAAUUGAGAAUCUUACAAUCAAUUAACGUUGAUGGUGUUAUGGUUGAUUGCUGGUGGGGUGUGGUUGAAGCACAUGCACCUCAGGAGUAUAACUGGAAUGGCUACAAAAGGCUAUUUCAGAUUGUAAGGGAGAUGAAAAUGAAAGUACAGGUUGUACUGUCCUUCCAUGAAUGUGGUGGUAAUGUUGGUGAUGAUGUGUGCAUUCCCCUGCCUCACUGGGUGGCCGAAAUCAGUCGAAACAAUCCGGACAUCCUUUUCACAGAUAAAUCAGGAAGGCGGGACACAGAGUGCCUGUCUUGGGGAGUUGACAAGGAAAGAGUUUUAAGGGGCCGAACAGCUAUAGAGGUGUACUUUGAUUGCAUGAGAAGCUUUCGGGUCGAAUUUGAUGAGUUUUUUGAGAGUGGUGUUAUAUCUAUGAUUAUAGUUGGUCUUGGCCCAUGUGGUGAGCUGAGAUAUCCUAGCAAUCCUGUGAAACAUGGUUGGAGAUACCCGGGUAUUGGUGAAUUUCAGUGCUAUGAUCAAUAUAUGUUGAAGAGCCUGCGCAAGGCUGCAGAAAUAAAAGGACACUCUUUCUGGGCACGUGGACCUGAAAAUACUGGUUCGUACAAUUCAAGGCCGCACGAGACAGGAUUUUUCUGUGACGGGGGUGAUUAUGACGGCUAUCACGGCAGGUUUUUUCUCAGCUGGUAUUCUCAAGCUUUAGUCGACCAUGGAGAUCGAGUUCUUUCUUUGGCCAAAAACCACAAUCAUCUUCCAAACUUACAAAUACCUCUGUUGGCCAUGCAGUUUGUAAAACUGAAACAAAUAAUAGCCACGAUUCACUUGUAUUCCUCCAAAUAUGGAUUCCCACUAGGUAAUCUGAUGCUUGCGAGCAUCAAUUGGUGGUACAAGACAUCUAGUCAUGCUGCUGAAUUGACUGCUGGAAUUUAUAACUCCAGCAAUCGUGACGGUUAUGCUGCAAUAAUGUCGAUGCUAAAGAGGCAUGAGGCUGCUCUAUGCUUUCCAUGUUCCGAGAUGAGCGUUAUAGAUAAUCAGAUGGACUUCUCUGAGUCGCUAUCCGAUCCCGAGGGAUUAGCUUGGCAAGUUCUGAAUGCUGCUUGGGAUGCUUGCAUACCAGUUGCCAGUGUAAAUUCUUUCCCAUGUCACGAACGAGAAGGUUUUAAUUAUUUACUGGAGAAGGCCAAGCCCAUAGGUGAUCCUGACGGGAGGCAUUUUUCUGCUUUUACAUAUCUGAGGCUCAGCCCACUCUUGAUGGACAGACAAAACCUCAUCGAGUUUGAACUGUUUGUCAAGAAAAUGCGUGGGGAAGCUGUUCUUGAGUAUCAGACAUAGUGAAUCCGAGUUUCAGACAGAAAAAAAAACUGACAUAGAGCUUUUCUAGUAUACUCUAAUUAUUAGGCAUAAGUCUAUUGUGGAAACAAAGCAAUCGGUGAUUCAAGUAGGUGGUUCUCUCAGUGACAAGCUAAGGUGACGAACAAACGAGUUCGGACAUGUCAUUCUCGGCAGCUAAGGUUUGCUCGAAAAUCGUCGUCCCUGUGGAUAUUUGGUUGUGUGUAAAAUGUAUGUGGAUUAAGGAUAUGGUGAAAAAUGUGCUACAUGUGGUGGAUAUGAGAAAUUGAGUUGUAUUAGUAAAUUGGAUGGAAUGAUGUUUGGAGUUUGUACUAGGGUUGGCAAAUGCUGGGUUCAUCUAACUGCAAUUUACUGUGAUUCUGUUAAUCAAUAUUAAUGUUAUUUUGUUUAA